GAACCGGCGAUGUGUCGAUUGUGAUGCUGGUAGUUAGAGUUACACUGUUGAAUUGAAUUCAAUCCUUAUCACGAUAUAAACAUUAGCGAAAUAAGAAAACUUAGACUUUAGUUAUAUUUUUUUAAGAGUUAUAGUUUAAAGUAGCAAAAAGUGAUCGCAAUGUCUUUCUUCAAAUCGUUCGAAUUUCGUGCCUUUGGCAGUAGCUUCAGCAUACCGCUGCCACUAAUAGUAAAUGUGAUGAUAUCCUUCGGGGCCUUCUACGUGGGUCAACAUUUAAUUCCACGGAUGAAGACAAUGUUCAUCAACGCGAAUCUCUCUGGAGUUGACAUGAACAAGCGACAGAAAACAAGAAUACCAGAAGCCAUCGGUGUUGUAACGGGAUGCAUAUUCCUAGUUUCGUUGUUCCUCUUCAUUCCGGUACCUUUUAUGAGCAAUUUAUCAAACGGUGAUACUAAAGAGUUUCCACAUCACAAGUUUGUCGAGUUCAUCGCAGCAAUGUUGUCGAUUUGCUGCAUGAUAUUGCUAGGAUUCGCCGAUGAUGUCCUGAAUUUACGGUGGCGCGAUAAACUCUAUCUUCCCACGAUUGCAUCGCUACCGUUGCUGAUGGUUUAUUACACGAACUUCAAUUCGACAACAAUUAUCCUGCCAAAGUAUGUUUCUUUGGUGCUCGGGAACUCAGUUGAUAUCGGUGUUCUAUACUAUAUCUACAUGGGCAUGCUGGCCGUGUUCUGUACCAAUGCAAUAAACAUUCUAGCCGGAAUUAACGGGCUAGAGGUGUGUCAAUCGUUGGUGAUUGCCAUCUCGAUCGUCGUUUUCAAUCUGAUUGAAAUAUUCGCUGGAAACUGCAAAGAAGCGUACGAGUUUUCGCUUUACAUAAUGCUACCGUACAUAGGCGCAACAUUUGCCUUGUGGAAAUAUAACCGAUAUCCUUCGCAGGUUUUCGUAGGAGACACCUUCAACUAUCUAUCAGGAAUGACUUUUGCCGUGGUUGGCAUUCUGGGACAUUUCAGCAAAACCGUUCUACUGUUCUUCAUCCCGCAGGUGAUCAAUUUCGUCUAUUCCGUGCCGCAACUUUUCCGCUUCAUUCCCUGUCCGCGACAUCGACUUCCCAAGCAUGAUCCGGAGACGGAUUUGCUAAACUUCAGCAAGACUCAGUUCCGAACGAAGGAUCUCAAUAUCGUAGGAAAAUUGUGCUAUAACGUAUUUAAGCUGUUGCGAAUAAUCCAAUGCGAGGAGAGUAAAGACGGUACUGUUACCUGUAAUAAUUUUACGAUUAUAAAUUUUGCCAUUCUGAUAACCGGGCCUAUUCGAGAGGAAAAGUUGAAUAACUUGCUAACCGUGUUUCAGAUUAUCUGUACGUUGUUCGCCUUUACCAUACGAUAUCCGCUGGCGCAUUACUUUUACGAUACGAUUAAUCAAUAGUCUUGUUAUAGUUUUCUUUAAAACUAGGUUUGUAAAAGUAAUUUAUGACUUUUUUAAAUACCAAAGGGAUGCCACUAGAUAUUUAAAAAAAUGAU